AUGCAACCCAAUUCAAAUGAUAAUGAUCUUGAUCAUUCGGAUAAUCCAUUGAAAGAACCAAUUGAAUCAAUUACUAGUUUUAUCAAUACUCAACCAAUUCCACCUGAACAAAUUAAAAAUGAAAAAGAUAAUAAAAUGACAAAUAAAAAAGAAAUUCGAGCAACUAAAUCGAAAGUUAUGUCUUUACCAAAUCAACCAUUAAAUCCAAGUGAAACGAUUACUGAAGAUAAUGUUUACAGUUUAAUUUUACAAAAACAAAAUAUUGCAUUCACAGAAUUAAUUCAAACCUUUUUACCUAAAUCAGAACAUUUACAAACAAAGGAAAUAAUGGAUAAUAUUGCUCAAAAAUUAGCAACAAUUGUAAAACGUUUAAAUGUUGAAGAAAAAAUUGUGAAUGAAGAAACUCGGAUUAAAUUUAAUUGGCUUUGA